CAGCAGCAGCAGGCCACCCCUAGCUCCCUAGACGAAAACGUCCUCUCAGCGGGCGUCAUCGAUUGGUUGGGUACUGACGCUGGUGGUGUGCCGAUCAAGGACUGGGUGCACCCCCUAAAUCUCGGCCUCAUUCAAGCCCUGCCCAUUCCCGCCAAUGUGCCGUUUCUGGGUUGCGUGGCAGACGCUUUUGUGCCGCAGCUCGGCCGAUCUGGUUCAAAGCCAGGUCGGGAUAAAACAGUGGGCCUUCUCGUCGGUUCAACCCUAGAGUCCUGGCCAAAGGAUGGCGCCGAAAAGAAGUCGAAGAAGUCUGAGCCUGACCUGGGACCGGGUAUAGUUGUCGACCUGGGAGUGCAGCUGAUCCCCUCUGCCUACAGUCUCGCUCCUCUGCGAGGCAAGUUCCACGAACCAAAGCAACUGGCUUCUAACAAUGGACAAGAUUGGGUGACCCUCCGGACGCACGUAAAUGACGCCCUUUUGAACCCCGAAGUUGAUACUGCUUGCACUUGGUCUCUCGAUCCGAGCUCCGCGACCCCCUGGCUACCACAGAAGACGCAAUCUAGUGGAGAGGAUGCACCAGAGGGGUCGGUGCCGUCCACGCCAGCAACUCCAAAGGAAAACGCUACACAGGCGGUGCCCCAGGAGAAAGAAGAUAUCAGCGCCGCCACCGCUACCACCUCCGCCACAUCCUCCGGAUGGCGUGUGUAUCGUCUUAUGGCCACCGGACCCAACAGCCUAGGCACUUGCGCCUUCCCGAUCGGUUCUCUCGAGCUGUACGGUCGCAUUGUUGGUGUGCAUGAAGAGGUGAGACGGAAAAUGUAUACGCGUCGUUUUAUUUUUAUUGUUAAGUAG